UACGCUUAUCUUGAAGUCCUUGGUUCCUAUUUGGUUGAGGACUUAACCAUCUGAACAACCAGAGACUCCCGUGACGUCUUACUGUAAACACAACGCUUUUGUGUUCCGUAUCACGACAAAUCCUCCAUCUAUCUAUGUUCUUUGUCAAAUCAUGAGCCUCUACUAACCACACAAUUACCUCUCUCGAGUUGCCAUUCCCUAUCUCUCUCCCUCUCCCCCUCUCUCCCUCUCUCCCUCUCAGAUUUAACCCUACUUUGCUGUCAGACGCCUCACUUGGAGUAUUCAAUGAUCUAAGAUGAAUUCCGACGGCUUAGAUGAUCCUGAUCUGAAGGCAGCAAUUGCUGCCUCUCUAAGGGACUCCAGUAAUCAUGAGGAGAGCAGCCACAGCGGGAAUCAACAUGAAGUUGUUGACUUGACUGCAGAUUCUGAUGAUGACGUGGUACCCAUAUUUCCCAAAUCAAACUCCGUCAUUGGGUCCGAGACUGAUGAGGAUGAAACCGAUUCGGGUGAGGAAGAUAGCGGUGAAGAAGAUGAAGACCUUAAGAGGGCGAUCGAAUUAUCUAUGCAAGGUGCCAUAGAAGAUGAAGAUGGCUCUUCGAGACCUCACUUGUCAUCUGCUGACAACAAUGACAGCAAGGUUUCUAGCGCCCCUUUGUCCAGUAGAGCUGAAGUUCCAGCAAGCAUACAGGCCCCGACACAAACAGCCAGCUUAUUGGGUUUGGAUCGAAGGCAGAUGGAGAAAGAGCGCCUGGCGCGACUGAACAAGAGGAAAGCCGAAGAAUCCGUAUCGGAUGACCAACGGGGUGCAAAGCACGCGAGAACUGAAACGCCUCUAAGAUCUCCCGGUCCUGCUAUAUCAGCGGCUGGCACGUCGUCUAGAUCAGAUUCCUCAUGUACAACGCCAGCAGAACAUGUUCAGCAAAUACAGAUCCCAUCUCCGACUCCGUCGGUUCAGUUUCCUACCGGAGUGGUUAAGAAAACAUGGGUCUUUGGUUGCCUCCGUCAGGGUGAUGAUAUCAAGAUCGAGGAGGUCUUUCAGAAAUCUGACUUACAACUUGCUGUCCUCAGCUCUUUUAUGUGGGAAAUGGAAUGGCUUUUCUCAAAACUGAAUACAGCAAAAACCCGAUUCUACUUGGUGAUGCAAGCCAAGGAUGAAUCUACAAAACUUCAGUACAAGUCCGAAACAGCUGCUAUGAGCAACCUUAGGUUAUGCUUUCCACCAAUGGAUGGCCAAGUGAAUUGCAUGCAUUCAAAGCUGAUGCUACUCUUCCACUCGGGAUAUGUUCGGAUUGUGGUCCCCACUGCCAACUUGACUCCAUAUGACUGGGGUGAAAUAGGUGGACUCAUGGAAAAUACUGUUUUUAUUAUUGAUCUACCAAAAAGGACCGAUAAAGACUCCGAAUUUUCACAAACAGCCUUUUACGACGAGUUGACUUACUUUUUAAAGGCUAGCACUUUGCACGAGAAUAUCAUCGCUAAACUCGCCGAUUAUGACUUCAGUAAAACCGCGCAUAUUGCAUUUGUCCACACUAUUGGUGGCUCGCAUAUGGGAGAUUCGUGGCGGCGUACAGGGUACUGCGGCUUAGGACGUGCAGUGGACUCCCUUGGUUUGCGAACAUCCAAACCUCUCAACAUCGAUUUUAUUACGUCAUCCGUUGGCUCCUUGACAGACGAGUUCUUGAGGUCUAUAUAUCUCGCAUGCCAGGGCGACGAUGGAUCGACAGAAUAUGUUCUUCGCACCGCAAAAUCCUUCCCUGCCCGGAGCCGCAGCAAUCCUGCACAGCUUAUUGACAAGUCUAUGGCCGAAGGGUGGAAGGAUAGAUUCAGAGUCUACUUCCCCUCAGAGACAACAGUCAAUAACACAAAAGGUGGGCCACAAUCCGCAGGUACAAUUUGCUUCCAAUCAAGGUGGUAUACGGGUCCGAAAUUCCCUCGGCAGGUUCUGCGCGACUGUAUAAGUCAGAGGCCAGGACUACUGAUGCAUAAUAAAAUCCUCUACGUAAGACCAGAUGACCCAGCGACGCUACCUGAUAACUCCCAAUGCAGAGCCUGGGCUUAUGUGGGAAGUGCGAAUCUUUCAGAGAGUGCUUGGGGCCGUCUCGUUCAGCAGCGGGCAACAAAGGAACCGAAACUCAACUGUCGAAACUGGGAGUGCGGUGUGCUCGUGCCAGUCAUAAGUAGAGAGGAUGCCGUGUCGGGGCAGAACAAAUCCCCGAGCGAUGAGUCUGGGACUAUGUUAGAUGCUUUCAAAGGCGUUGUCCCCGUGCCGAUGCGUCUCCCAGCACCUCAGUACGGGCCAAACCGCAGGCCUUGGUUCAAUUCAGAAAGUGGAAUGUGAUCUAGAUUGGAUUUCUGUUCUAGCUUCACUCAGCCAUUGAUCAUGCAUCUAGAUAGUCCCAUUAAAUAUCCAAUUUAAUACGUAUUUAAGAGAUACA